CAUCAUGUCACAGGCUCUUCAGAAUUGUGCAAUUGUGUUAUUCAGGUUCAGACAGCAGCAUGAGACACAUGACUCUUCAUGAUGCUUCCCCUUCCUGCAGUGUCCAUUUGUGACUGGAUUUCACCCUACAAUCAAAAGUUUAAAAGGAAGAAGGAAAAACUAGGUUUUGAGACUUUAAAUCUGUUGACACUGGAAAUUUAAACAGUUGCAUAUUCUGUGUGGAAGGAAAGUGACUUUGAAAGUCUCUAUGUCAAGAGAAAAUAUUAGGACAUUUCAUCUAAAAUGGGUGCCUCUCCAUCUUCUGGAUCAAACUCUGUGUCUGCGAAGAGUGAUCAAUCCCUGAGAAUUCAGUGAUGGACCAGCACCCUCUGACUCCAGAGAAGAGACAUAUGAGCUGAUCAGAUCUGUGCCAUCCUCUUAAUCCCACUUUCAGACUCACAUCAUGCAGGAAAGAACUGAAGAAGUCCUGCAAAAAAAUAUGCUGGAGACUGGAGAACUACAGAUAAUCAAAGAACAAUACAAAACCAGGAUGAAGAACAAGUUUGAGAGUUUAUCUGAGGGAAAAAAACUUAAAGAGACACAAACCCUCCUGAACAGCAUCUACACACAGCUCUACAUCAUAGAGGGAGAAAGUGAAGGAGUGAAUGAAGAGCAUGAGGUUUUACAGAUGGAGAAAACAGCCAGAAAACUAAACUCACAAGACACUCCAAUCAACUGCAAUGACAUCUUUAAAACGUCAGCUGAAGCAGGAUGUGAGGAGAAAGAUCAGAUCAAGACUGUUCUUACUAAAGGCAUCGCUGGAAUUGGAAAAACUGUCUCUGUGCACAAAUUCAUUCUGGACUGGGCCGAGGGAAAAGCCAAUCAGGAUGUAGAUUUCAUGUUUGUGCUUCCAUUUCGAGAGCUGAACUUGAUCAGAGAUCAUCAGUACAGUCUUCAUAGACUUCUGCUGGACUUUCACCCUGAACUUCAAGAUCUGGACUCACAGAUUUAUGAGGAGUGUAAAGUUGUGUUCAUCUUCGAUGGUCUGGAUGAAAGCAGAAUCACACUGAUGUUUUCAGACGCUCAGAAAGUUUGUGAUGUGACUGAGACUCCUUCAGUGGCUGUGUUGAUGUCAAACCUCAUGAAAGGAGAGCUGCUUCCCUCUGCUCUCAUCUGGAUCACCUCCAGACCAGCAGCAGCCAAUCAGAUCCCCUCCAAAUACAUCAACCGUCUGACAGAAAUUCAGGGAUUCACUGAGCCUCAGAAGGAGGAAUACUUCAGAAAGAUAAUAAGUGACCAGCAUCAAGCCAGCAGAAUCAUCUCACACAUCAGAAGAGCAGGAAGCCUCCACAUCAUGUGCCACAUCCCCGUCUUCUGCUGGAUCUCAUCUAUUGUGCUUCAAAAGGUUCUGGAAGAAUGUCUGAGUGCAGAAAUCCCUCAAACUCUGACUGAAAUGUACAUCCACUUCCUGCUGAUUCAGAUCAACAUGAGGAACCAGAAGUAUGAAGAGAGAGAUCCAGAGAAACUCCUGCAGUCCAACAGAGAAGCGAUUGUGAAACUUGCUGAAGUGGCUUUCAAAGAGCUGAUGAAGGGUAAUGUGAUGUUCUAUGAGGAGGACCUGAUUGAGAGCGGCAUACACAUCACUGAUGCCUCAGUGUAUUCUGGGAUUUGCACUGAGAUCUUUAAGCAGGAAUCUGUGAUUCAUCAGAGAAAGGUCUACAGCUUCAUUCAUCUGAGCGUUCAGGAGUUUCUUGCUGCUUUCUAUGUGUUUUACUUUCACAUAAGCAGCAAUACAGAAGCAUUAUUAGAUUCACUGCAAAACUUGCAUAAAAGAGCAGUAGAUAAAUCUGUUGAGAGUUUGACUGGACAGCUGGAUCUGUUUCUGAGGUUCCUGCUGGGUGUCUCACUGGAAUCCAAUCAGAGACUCUUACAGGAUCUACUGACACACACAGAGAACAGCUCAGAUAGCAUCAGGAGAACCACACGGUACAUUAAAGAGAAGAUCAAAGAUGGACAUGAACUCUCCACUGAUAGAUCCAUCAAUCUAUUCCUCUGUCUGCUGGAAGUGAAAGAUCAGACUCUGUCCAGAGAGAUUCAGGAGUUUGUGAAAUCAGACAAACACUCAGAGAAGAAACUCUCUCCUGCUCACUGCUCAACAAUCGCCUACAUGCUUCAGAUGUCAGAGGAGCCACUGGAUGAGCUGGACCUCAAGAAAUACAACACAUCAGAUGAGGGGAGAAAAAGACUGAUACCAGCUGUGAUCAACUGCAGAAAAGCCCUUUUUGCUGGUUGUAAUCUCUCAGGUCAGCAUUGUGAAACUGUGUCAUCAGCUCUACAAUCCUCAAAUUGUGUCCUGAGAGAGCUGGAUCUGAGUAACAAUGACCUACAGGAUUCAGGAGUAAAACUGCUCUCUGAUGGAUUGAAGAGUACAAACUGUCAGCUGGAGAGACUGAGGUUGUCUGGCUGUAUGGUGACAGAGGAGGGCUGUGGUUAUUUGUCUUCAGCUCUGAGUUCAAACCCCUCACAUCUGAGAGAGCUGGAUCUGAGCUACAAUCACCCCGGACCGUCAGGAGUACAGUUGCUCAAACACAGACUAGAGGAUCCAAACUAUCAGCUGCAGAUACUUAAUGUGGAUAAUGGAGAACAUUUAAGAAUCACACCAGGACUAAGAAAAUAUGCAUGUGAUCUCACACUGGAUACCAACACCAUAAACACUCAACUCAUGUUGUCUGGUGAGAAGAGGAAGAUCAUACAUGUGACAGAGCCACUGCAGUAUCCUGAUCAUCCAGAGAGAUUUGAUAGCUGUGAGCAGGUUCUGUGUGUUGAGAGUCUGACUGGACGCUGUUACUGGGAGGCUGAAUGGAGCGGGAAGGGGGCUGAUAUAGUAGUGUCAUAUAAAGGAAUCAGGAGGAAAGGAGUGAGUGAUUGCUGGUUUGGAUACAAUGACAAAUCCUGGAGUCUGUACUGUUGUGCUAAUGAAUUCACUAUCUGGCACAAUAAUGUGAGCAAUAAUAUACCCUUCCCUUUAUCCUCUAAAAGAGUAGGAGUGUAUCUGGACUGGUCAGCUGGCACUCUGUCAUUCUACAGCGUCUCUGACACACACACACUCACACACUUACACACAUUCAACACCACAUUCACUGAACCCCUCUACGCUGGGUUUGCAGUUUAUGCUGAUUCUUCAGUGUCUCUUGUGUCUGAUUAAACAACUUGCUGUAAGACACAACGGAGGCAUCACAAACAAGCUGUCAGUUUUCCAAGCACUCACAUGAUUGCACUCUUAAAUUCAUUUUAAAUCAAAUUUUUAAAUAAUUUCCAAAGUUUUUAAAUUCCUUGUUUUAUUUUUAUGAUUAUUUUUCAUGAUUAUUUUACUUUCUUUUAUGUAAAGGACUUUGAAUAACGAUUGUGUACGAAAUGUGCUAUACAAAUAAACUUGCCUUUCCUUAGCUUAUGGUUAAUAUAGUAAUAUGACAAUAGUGUAGUAUAUAAGAAAACAUAAAACUACAAAUUUAAGUUUUUAUUUAAAUACACUUCAACUAUGUCCAUCUACAUAUAGAUUUGAGUUUGUAACAUAUCUGUUUGUCUUGUAUCUAAAACCCAGGGCCCGUAUUCAUAAAGAUUCUAAGAAUCCUCUCAGAAAACUCUUAAUUUAGCU